UUCCUGUUAACAAAACCUGCCAAAACUACAGGUCCGCAACAAUAACAACAACAACGAAAUACACACAAAAUAAAUUUUUGGUGUCGAGUGCUGCAGCAAACUUUAGUACUUUACAUACCAAUGCAUGUGUGUUUGUGUCUGUGUGUACGUGCAAAAUACUUGGCGAUUUAAGUAGAAUAUGCAACGCUUAUAAAUAAUUGUUUGUAUGUUUGUUUGUCAUUUGUUGAGCUUGCUCGUUUGCAUGCGGUGAAAGUAAAGCAAUUUGCUUAAUUAAUUGCACGCAAGAAUUUAUAUAAAGUUACCAAACCAGAAGAUUCUUCACAGUGUGCCAAGCAAAAGCAAGUCGAGUGCCAGAAUUAUUUCUAAAGGUACAAAUUAUGAAGCAAGGCAACAAAAUGCUGCAUCGAAUGACACUGUAAGCUGCGAGUUACACGAACUAGCGCGCAAAUAUGCCCAUACGCCACAAUUGGGAUACAGAUCGAGUGGGCGUAGCACAUUUGGCAGGCGCCCUGAGUCCACUCUGCAUAACCGAUUCCAAUCAUGAGAUUUUGCGGCCAAAGCCUCGUCGGCCGCCCAACUUUGCCGGCCAGCAGCAGCAGCCACCGACCCAGACAACAGGCUUGCCACCAGUAGCGCUGCAAGCGCAGUUGCAAACAGCAGCAGCAUCUACAUCCCAGCAACAGCUGCCGUUGAAUGGACUGCAAGUUGGAGGUGGAGUCGCCGUGGCAACGCCAGCGCCUAGAAUACUCAAGGAACUGGCGCAGCAGCCUAACAAGGCCACUCCUAUGCCGCUGCUAAGCAGUCCUCUGCCCCAGCAACAGCAGGCGCAGCCACAACAAUUGACUUCGCCUACGGGUAAAGGCAACUUGGCGCAGCGUUCGGUUGCUGGCCCCGCGCGUCUAACAGUGCAGAGCACGCCCGUUAAAUCGCAGCCAGCGCAGCUGAGUGGCAGUCUGCAAAGCUCGCCCAAUCGACCCACUUUGGGCAUACCGACAGCGGUGACGCCAGGGUAGCCAAGGCCACG